AUGAGUGAAAAAAUUAAGAAGCAUGAAAACUCUACACAUCUUCAUAAUUCGGUGGAAUUGGCUUUAUUGGGGACUGUUAACAUCAGAGCUCAGUUAGAUUCAGCAUACUGGAGAAAUAUACAACAGCAUAAUGAUACCGUUACAAAGAACAGGUACGUUCAAUCAAAAAUAAUCGAUUGUAUAAAAUUUUGCGGAGCAUUUGAAUUGGCGCUACGGGGCCACGACGAAACCGAGAGCUCCCAAAUCCCGGGAAUAUUUCGUGAACUGAUUAAUUCUUCUGCUGAGCUUGAUACAACCUUAAGCGAACACAUAAAAAAUGCUUCAAUAUUUAAAGGAACUUCGAAAGAAAUACAAAAAGAUCUACUGGAAUGUAUUCUUGAAGUUUGUCAUGAAGAAAUAAUAAAACAGAUUAACAGAGCCUCGUAUUUGGCGAUAAUAGCAGAUGAAACAAGGGACAUUUAG